AGUCACCCGGCCCGGCUUUGGCUCAGGGACCGGCUCCCCCCGCCCAGCAGAGACCGGAGUGGAGACACCUGGUCCCGAGCCGGGACCCCCGACCCGCAGCACAGACCUUUGUCCGGGGCAGGAGCCCCAGAACGGAGCAGAGACCCCAGAGCAGCCCCUUGUCCAGCCCCGAGGCUCUGCAGCCAUGACCGGCAAAACCUCAACUCCGGCCAAAAAACCGGCUCCGGCAGCGGCCAAGAAAAAGGCAGCAGCAGCCCCGAAGGAAGGAGCGGCCCCGAAGGAAGAAACGGCCCCGAAGGAAGAAACGGCCCCAGCCCCAGUUACUGCAGAACCCCCAGCCCCGGAGCAUCCCCCCGAGCAUCCCCCGGAUCAUCCCCCCGAGCAGCCCCCCGAGCAGCCCCCAGCCCCCACAGACGAGUCUGCUCCCGUCCCCACGGAAGCUGGAGCAGAAGUGACCCCAGAGCCUGCAGGAGAUUCCCCAGCUGAGCCCCCAGCCCCAGCCCCAGCCCCCGAACCGGAGAAACCAAAGGAAGAGCCCCCCAGCUGCCCCCUGUCCUUGGCCGUGGAAGAAGUGACUGAAAACUCCUUCACACUCACCUGGAAAGCCCCGGAGCAGACGGGCCGGGCCGGCCUGGAUGGAUACGUGGUGGAGAUCUGCAAAGAUGGAAGUUCAGCCUGGACAGCUGUGAACCAGGAGCCUUUCCUGUCCACCCGCUGCACGGUCCCCAACCUCAGCUCGGGGGACAAGGUCCACGUGCGGGUGGCGGCCGUGGGCGCGGGCGGUGCCAGCGUCCCGGCCACCCUGGAGCAGCCCGUGCUCGUCAGGGAGAUCCUCCAGCUCCCCAAGAUCCGCAUGCCUCGGCACCUGCGGGAGACGUACAUCAGGCGUGUGGGGGACGCUGUGAACAUCAUGAUCCCCUUUCAGGGGAAGCCACAGCCUGAGGUGAGCUGGACCAAGGGAGGGCAGCCCCUGGACGCCAGCCGCAUCCACAUCCGCACCACGGCGCGGGACACCGUCUUCUACAUCCGCCAGGCGCAGCGCGGCGACUCGGGCCAGUACGAGCUGGCCGUGCGGAUCAACGGCGCCGAGGACAGGGCCACCCUGCACAUCCAGGUGGUCGAGCCACCUGGCCCUCCCCAGAACCUGAAGCUGGUGGAUGUGUGGGGCUUUAAUGUGGCCCUGGAGUGGAGUCCCCCCGCGGACAACGGGAACUCCGAGAUCAAGGGCUACAGGGUGCAGAAGUCGGACAAGAAGAGCGGGAAGUGGUUCACGGUGCUGGAGCGCUGCAGCCGCACCAGCUGCACCAUCUCCGACCUCAUCAUCGGCAACACCUACUCGUUCCGCGUGUUCGCCGAGAACGCCUGCGGGCUCAGCGACAGCGCCGCGCUGGCCCCCGCCCUGGCCUCCAUCCACAAGACAAAAACCACUUACCAGGCAGAGAAGGUUCCCCAGCGGGACAUGAUGGAGCCUCCCAAGUUCACGCAGCCGCUGACAGACCGAACGACCACGCGGGGCUACAGCACUCACCUCUUCUGCUCCGUCAGGGGCUUCCCCCAGCCCAAAAUCAUCUGGUUGAAAAACCAGAUGGAGAUCCGGGAGGACCCCAAGUACAUCGCGCUGAUCGAGCAGGGCGUGUGCUCCCUGGAAAUCCGCAAGCCCGGCCCUUUCGAUGGGGGCGUCUACACCUGCAAGGCUGUGAACGCCCUGGGGGAAGCCUCGGUGGACUGCAGACUGGAUGUGAAAGUGCCCAAGUGAGGACAGAUCAGAGGACAAGACAAGGAGCAAGGGCUCGGACCUGGCUCCUUCCCUCGCGGACCCUGCGGUGCCAGCGGUGCAGGGCAGGCUCUGGGACCUGCCCACGGCUCUCUGGGCCCCUCCUGGGCCCUGCUUGGGGUGCACCUCAGCCUGCCGUGGCACGGCCUCUCUGAGCCUGCGACAAUGGAACAAACCAGCUGAGAGGCUGCGGUCCUAAUAAAAGCCACCAAACCCUUCUG